GAUGCUGUAAAAACAGUUCUUAUAGAGUACCCCGUAAGGCCCCAGACAGCUGAGCAUCCAAACCAACUAAAACGUUCAUAAUUCUCUCGCCACCACCCGGCAAACCAAGCAUCCAAACCAAACAGAUCAAAGGCUAAGGCGUUGUCCUCUGGCUGAACACAGAUGACAAGUGUGUUAUCCAAGCAGCCUGCGAAACUCGGAAUGCACAUAGUGUUGCCGUUGCUGCUGUUGUGCACGGAGUUGCCAACAUCAAUUGCUCGGCAGCUCACGAUAGCAGCCAGGAUCUCCGCUCACUGCUUGACUUCAAGCAGGGCAUCACCAGCGAUCCUCAUGGAGCCAUGAGCAAUUGGACCAUGAACUCCCACUUCUGUCGGUGGAAUGGUAUCACGUGCACCUGGACGCGACGACAAUGGCGCGUCCUGUCGCUCACCCUCACCGGGAAAAGUUUAUCCGGCCAAAUCAGCUCCUCUCUUGGCAACCUUACCUUCCUUAAUUAUCUUGAUCUCUCUGACAAUAACUUCUUUGGUCCCCUGCCUCUUCUUGGUGGCCUCCAACAACUACAGUACCUUUUUCUGAACAGCAACAAUUUGUCUGGAAACAUUCCUGAUGCACUUACGAACUGCUCCAACUUGAUCUACUUAUACAUCUUUUCAAACUCGCUGGUGGGUUCAAUUUCUCCGAAAUUUGGCCUCUUCUCAAAUUUAGUAUCUGUAAGUUUGGCUGACAAUCAACUAGAGGGAAGCAUUCCUAGUGAGCUCGUCCAACUUAGGAAUAAUUUAGAAUACUUGAUCCUAGGCGGCAACAGGCUUUCAGGUCAAAUUCCAGCUUCCAUAUUCAGUCUUGCUUCUCUAAUAUCUCUGAGCCUAGACCACAAUAUGCUAGACAAGGCAUCACUGCCACCUAACAUAGGAGAACUUCUUCCGAAUCUCGUCCAGCUUACCUUGGAAAAUAACUCUUUUGAAGGUCCCAUCCCAGCUUCCCUAGGCAAUACUCGGCUAGAAAUGUUAGAUUUAUCACUUAACAAAUUCUCAGGGCAAAUUCCUACUAAUUUGGGAAAACUUUUGAAUUUGACCGAGUUAAACCUUGGAAAUAACCAACUUGUAGCAGGGGACAACCAGGAUUGGGAAUUCUUGAAUGCAUUAAGAAACUGUAAAUCUCCGAAGUCCCUCUCACUGGCUCACAAUGAGCUGCAGGGACCUUUACCACUGUCAAUCAGCAACUUAUCGACUAGCCUUCAACAUCUGUUGUUGUCUGGAAACAGCUUAUCUGGACAUAUUCCACGGGGCAUAGGGAAUCUUAGUGGCUUAAUUAGAUUGGAGCUGCAUGAAAACUAUUUUAGUGGUACAAUUGAAGGAUGGAUUGGAAGCUUAAAAAGCCUACAAGUUCUGCUUCUCCAAUCGAACAACUUCACUGGGCCAAUCCCGUCCUUCAGUUUUACUCAGUUGUUAACACUCGACAUAAGCGGAAAUGAAUUUGAGGGUUCCAUACCAGCUAGCUUGGGAAAUCUUCAACACCUCCAACAGUUGGAUCUUAGUUACAACAACUUUCAAGGGUAUAUACCACCAAACUUUGGAAAACUUGAACAACUCGUAUUGUUCGACCUUAGCCACAAUAAUCUACAAGGUGACAUAACUCUAGAUAUUAGCAAACUUGAACAGCUCAUAGACCUACGUUUUUCAUCAAACAAUCUUAGUGGCGAAAUCCCAGAUAAUUUUGGCAAUUUUCUACAAUUAGAAACCCUCCUAAUGGACCAAAAUCACCUCACAGGAAACAUUCCAACGUCUUUCAAGGGCUUACAGAGCUUAAAAACACUAAAUCUGUCACACAAUAACUUGUCUGGAACCAUUCCAACCAUUUUGAAGGAUCUAUCACUUCUCAAUAAGCUGGAUCUUUCAUACAAUCAUAUCCAAGGAGCAAUACCAAUCAAUGGAAUAUUUGCAAAUGCAACGGCUGUUUCACUCAUUGGCAACUGGGGGCUCUGCGGAGGAGCGAUGGAUCUCCAUAUGCCUGCAUGCCCUGCAGCUUCUCGGGUAAUAGAAUGGAAACACUACUUGACCAUCUUAUUGAUUCUCGUAUUUGGCUUCAUGUCACUCGGGUUGUCAAUUUACGCUAUAUUCAUUGGGAAGAAGGCACCAAGACGACCAUACUUAUUAUUGCUUUCUUUUGGUAAGAAAUUCCCAAGAGUUUUAUACAAGGAUCUAGCCCAAGCUACGGAGAACUUCUCAGAGUUCAACCUAGUUGGAAGAGGAAGCUAUGGUUCAGUAUACAAAGGAAAGUUAACUCAAGCUAAAUCGAAGUUGCCAUUAAGGUCUUUGACCUUGAGACAAGAUUCGCGGACAAAAGUUUUAUUUCCGAAUGUGAGUCUUUGAGAACCAUUCGGCAUCGGAAUCCUCUUCCUAUACUAACUGCCUACUCAACUAUUGACAAUAAUGGUAACGAUUUCAGAGCCCUAAUUUAUGAGUUCAUGCCAAACGGGAAUUUGGAUGUAUGGUUGCAUCAGAAACGUGGUAGUAUAGCUCCAAAACUUUUUGGCUUAGCUCAAAGACUAAGCAUAGGUGUUGGCAUGGCUGAUGCACUGGCCUAUGUACACCAUGACUGUGGGAGAGCUAUUGUCCACUGUGAUUUGAAACCAACUAAUAUACUUCUUGAUGAUGACAUGAAUGCUAAAAAAAA